GGUUUUUUUCUAUGUACGUUUUUGACUAUUGACCAAUCUGUGACGUCUGGAAAAAAAAAAAUCGAGAUAAGACAAAGGGGUCUUAGUUUUUAAGAGUAAAAGCUGAGCCCCAAUGCUCUAAAUUUUUAUUCGUUCCAGAAGAUCUCUCCCCAGCAUGAUCGCCAAAAUCCUCCUGGUUUGUGUGUCUCUGUUUGCCCUGGGUUCCUGCUCCUCUGCUGGGGUGCUGAACCUGUGUAAGCAGUACGGAUGGCCGGCCGGCAGGUACCCCCACCCGACCAACUGCCGACAGUUCAUCGAGUGCAGCAAUGGCGUCACGAUGGAGCUGGACUGCCCAGUGACUACAGUCUACAACCCCGUCACCAAACUCUGCGACAGUACCGCUAAUGUACCAAUCUGCAACUACGGACCUAGUGUGGCCACUAUUGUGGUCUCCAACAUCUGCCGCCAGUUCAGCUGGGCGAACGGAAACUACUACCAGCCGUACGACUGCACACAGUACGUGGAGUGCAGCAAUGGUGCCACCACUGUCAUGGGCUGCCAGAACGGUCUCUUCUACAACCCGGCACUCAAGACCUGCUCCACGACCAACACCUGCCUCCAGUACAUCUUCCAGCCGCCCACCCUCCCGAUAGCUUAUCCUUCCAAUUUCGACAACUACUGCUCCGUCAACAACCUGGCUAACGGCAUCCACCCGGACCCCUACAGCUGUGUGUCCUACGUGGAGUGCACGUUCGGCAGAACCAACCACAUGCCGUGCCCGACCGGCCUCUCCUUCGACAGGAACCUUUUGGUGUGUGAUGACAAGCAGAACAUCAACUGUGCUGUUGUUCCCGUAGGGAAGAAGUAAAGCCCCAAUUUGAAAAAAUAAACCCCACCAUUACAGAAAUUUGUAUAUAUGUUCUUUUCAGAGAAUGCACGUUAUGCGAUUUUGCUCAUUACCAAAUUUACUAUAAUUGUUUUAACUGAUUUUUUAAAUUGACUUUUUUUUUUGUCCAACACUUUUUUAAAUUGGUAGGAGAAACACGCAUAUUAUGUUAUGUAGAGCUUUAUUACUACCAACGUUUUUUUCUCAGUAAAUGUUUUUUUUUUACUACAACAAAACGAAAUAAAAGAACCUCCAUAAAACGAAA